CCAACUUCACGUUAGUUCCUAAGCAAUGAAUCUCGUUUCAUCUACAUGGCUUCUUCAAUUGUAUGCACUUGUGUUAUUGCAACCUUGUUUAAUGGUCACCAUCUCCAACGAUCUUGAGUUGGUGGACAACGGGUAUGAAAAUCUAGUCAUUACCGUAAACCCAGAUGUUAAUCCGGAAAGCCGAGCCAAGCUUAUUUCUGGCAUUCAAAAAUGGAUACAAGAUGGAAGUAAGCAACUGUACAAAUCUACUCAAAAGUAUGCCUAUAUCAAAACUGUUAAGAUUUUGGUCCCCAAGUCAUGGCAUGAUUUUUCCGACAUAGAUGGCACCACGUUCAAUUUAGUCCUAGACGAUGGUCGGAUUCAAGUGGAUCUGGGGAAUCCAGUGUUUGGAGAUAUGCCUUAUGUGGAACAAACGGGUGAUUGCGGCUCCAGGAACAAUCUUUUGCACGUUACCGGCUCGUUUUUGGAACAAGUGGCAGAUGAGACCUUUCCAUUUCUGUCUUGGAAAAAUCAUUUUGUCCACUUGUGGUCACAACUGCAAUACGGAGUAUUUGAGGAAUACGGCUAUCCUGGAGACACAGACUAUCCCAAUUUUUGGUACGCCGAUGAUGGGUCUUUGAAGCCCACGUAUUGCUCAGAUCGUGAGCUCCAAGGAGUGUGGAGUUCUUGGGAAACUGGAGGAAGUUGCAUCCCCGAAAACGAUCCAUUCUGUUUUUUUGAGGUUAUUCAAGGGUCCAAUGCCAUUUCAAGCUCAAUCAUGAGCAUGCCGUUCAAGGAACAGACCGUUCAAUACUGUAGUGGAACGGCUGAUACUCCACACAACGAUCUCAUUCCAACCAAGCAGAAUGUAAUAUGUCAAGGACAACCCAUUUGGACCCUUGUUAGCCAAUCCGAGGAGUUCAAUGCCGAUGGGUUCCUACCGGGAACAGACCCCACCGCACCAGAUACCAAAUUGGAGGUGCUGGUGGUGGAGCCGAAACCAACCGUUCUGGUAUUGGACACGUCGCUAUCUAUGGCAGCAGAUGGGUCGGAUCGAUUGAGUAAUUUGAUUGUUUCGGUCAAGACUUGGUUGACUGAAGAGGUACCAGAUGGCAACAAGUUUGGCAUUGUUCGUUUCAGCAAUGAUUCUCAAAUCCUACUGCCAGUGACAGAGAUGAACGACGAUACUCGUGCAGAGGCCAUCAAUGUGAUGGAUCAUCUAAGUGCCCGAGGCCUAACUUGUUUAGGCCAAGCUGUCAAACGUGGCCUCGAAGCGUUGCAAAAUGAGCCUGGAGGAGUGAUGCUCUUCGCAACAGAUGGAAGAUCCGAAUGCUUCCUCUCCGUUGACAAUUCCACACUCCAGGACGUUUUAAACGAUGUGAAGAACUCCGGUAUCCGAUUAGUCGCAGUUGCAAUAGGCGAUGAUGGUGACCCUGGGUUGGAAGCUCUGGCCGAAGCAUCCAAUGGAAAGGUAUUUUAUGUCCCCGAUGGCCAAGGCCCAGAGGGUUUGAGAAAGGUUUUACUUGCCAUGUCCAAUUACCAAUCCCUUGAUUCUCGUCAUCGCCGAAUGCAAAAGGUAGUCGAAUUGACCAAGGAAGACUGGUCCAACUCUGAAGUUAUUCCUUUUACAAUUGACCCGACCAUUGGAAAGAGUUCCAUUCUUCGGCUCUGGACCAACACGUCAGACUUAAGUGCCAUCCUUGAUUCCGCCAUUUUGACGUAUCAAGACCAAACUUUGUUGGAUCUUCCGAUUCCAACUGAUCAAAAUAGAUUGGCUUUCAAUUGGGAUUCCCUUCAAAUUGGCGAGUAUUCGUUGAUUUUGAAGGUCAAAUCGACCGAUGUGCUUGCCUUUUCCAUUGAAAGUGAGAGUUCUUCCCCAGAAAUCUUUCCCUAUAAAGUUGAAUGCUACGCUAGUUCCACGAAAGAUCAUGAUCUCAGUGCUCAUCCUUUGAAGAUAAUCGCCAAAGUGACACAAGGAAAUUUGCCAAUAAUUCAAGCCCAUGUCAAGGCCACUCUUUCCUAUCAAGAUCAAACUAUCAGUGUUGAGCUCUUUGACAAUGGCCAAGGAGCGGAUCUUAUUGCUUAUGAUGGCAUUUAUUCCCGCUAUAUGACCCAGAUCUCCGUCAAAGGCCGAUAUUCCUUGAGUUGUAGUGCCCAAGGGGAAAAUGGAACCACUUGGAUUAACAUGGGAACAAUUGAUAAGAGUUUGGGAAUACUGAAUCGAACGAUUGCCUCUCCAAUUUGCUGUGGAAGUUCAGCAGUCAAUGAAAACAGUGAAUUGAGCGCAACCGGAGCUUUCCAAAGAGUGUUCCAAUCUGGAUCCAUCCAAAUUGCAAAUGUCCCCAUAUUGGGGUCCUUUCCACCUAGUCCGGUGAGGAACUUGCGGGUGAAGAAAACUCUAGCAGGAAGCUUGGCGAUCUCAUUUACUUCGCCAGGAGACGAUUACGACUGUGGAACAGCUAAGUUCUACGAUGUUCGUCUGUCAAACAAUGUCACCCUUUUGAAGUUAUUCGGUAAUGAUGUGCCGUCCUUGGAUGCCUUAUCUGUCAUAUCAGGAUCGUUGGACCCCCGGGAAGCCGGCUCCCCAAUCCGGAUUGAGGUUGAGCAACCCUGGUCAUUGUUUCCAAAUCAAAGCGUCUACUUUGCCAUGAAGUCCGAAGAUCAUAACGGCAACUUCAGCUCGAUUUCAAAUAUUGUCAAAAUCUCCACGACAGUGGACGACAGUUCAUAUCCAGAUGUUUACUUAAGUCACAUUUUGACCGCAAUAUUGGUGCCCGGAUUGACCAUGCUAGUAAUUGGAAUGGCAUUGAUCUUCUUAAAGAGAAAAGGAAUUUUCGAUGACGAGCAAGCCAUAUCAACAUUGAUAAUGCGACUCCUAAGUUUAGUUUUCAUCACAACAUUUGGGAUUUGUAGUCACUUGGUUGAUGCUGAAAUAACAUUUCAGGACAAUGGUUAUAGUGAUGUGGUAGUCGCCAUCUCUCCCGACGUUCCAGUUACCCAUGCUGAGGAUAUUUUGGCGUCAAUCAAGGCUUGGAUACAGGAUGGGAGCUCUUUCCUUUAUUCAGCCACCCAACGCUAUGCCUACAUCAAACAUGUCAAGAUUCUUGUGCCCAAAUCGUGGAACUAUGCCCAAGCAACCCCAACCUCCGAGUUUUCCCUUGAGGAUGGUAAUAUUGUGGUGGACACGGGAAACCCCGUCUUUGGAAACGGUCCUUACACGGUUCAAACUGGACAAUGCGGGGAACGUGGCGAAAAUAUCAUGGUCUCUCAGGAUUAUCUAUUGGGCUUGACAUCAACCUCCACCGAGAAUUACGGCCCACCAUCGCACGUGUUCGUACACGAGUGGGCCAAAUAUAGAUAUGGAGUGUUUGAAGAACACGGUUACCCCGCGGAUGAACGAUUUCCCAUGUACUAUCUCAAGACCGGUCAUGAUGCGAACGGAUUGUUCAAUGAACUCAUCCCCAACUUUUGCACCAAUAAACCACUUCAAGGACGAUGGACGGAUGGUUUUGAAACAUGUGCCCUCGGGGAUAGCAAUACCCCUGGAGAUUCGUGCUUUUUCGUGCCAGACUCUGGGUCCACCAAUGAAGCAAUCCGCAGUUCCAUAUUGGCGGUGCCAUUUUUAGAGCAAAUGGACCACUUCUGCGAGGACAACGAUGGAGCGUAUUCGCAUGACUUUGUGGGACCUACCAAGCAUAAUGCCUUGUGCGAUUCGAGAAGUGUGUGGAACGUGAUCUCCAGCAAUUCCGACUUCCAAGAGGACAAUUUCAAACCUGGGCCAGAGGGCAGUUCAAACUCGACGACCUUCGAAAUUCUUCGUCCCGAUGAGGCUCGAUUCGUCAUGGUCAUCGAUAAAUCCGGAAGCAUGGACGGCCCUAAGGAUCAUCCUCGAAUCAAACGCCUCAAGCAAGCCUCCGCAAGAUGGAUUUUGAACGAUAUUUGGAAUGGAAGUUCCCUUGGAAUAUCCUCAUUUUGCUAUAAUGCGGAUGCCAACGACAUGACCGUCGUGUCCGAAGAAACACGCCAAACUCUCGUCGACCAAGUUAUGAAUAUCCGCACUUGUGACUACACUUGUCUCGGGCUUGGGUUCAAAAAGGGGGUGGAGGUUUUGACUCAAGGAGGAAAAAAUAGUGGCGGAGUAAUGAUUUACAUCACGGACGGCGACUGGAAUUGCAACGACGACCAUGACCAUGAUGAUUCAAAUUUGAACGAUCCCGCCAUCAAAAAACUGAUUGAAGACUAUAAAAUCAAAGUCAUCACUUUAGCAUUCAGUAAGGGCGCUGAUCCCAAUUUGGAGAAUUUAGCUAAAUGGAGUAACGGAAAAACUUACUUCAUUCCCGAUGGGGAAGGCAUUGAAGAUCUGAACGACGCUCUUUCUGGAUCACUGACCUAUCAACCAGCAGUUCCAACCGGCGACAUGGAGUUCAUUAUUCUUCAAGACUCCUUCAGUAACCUUGAUAAUCCCACUGGCGACCAAGCCAAGCAGAAGCAAUUCAUUAUUGAUCGCACUCUCGGGCGAAAUGUGAAAUUAAGCUUCGACUUCACUGAGGGUGACACCAACUCCGUUGAGGAAAUCAAAUUUUUCAAAGCAGGUUGCCAAGAAGCCACUUGCAUUAAGAAUAUUGACUUGUCAGACAUCAAAACCCUUCAUAUCCAGCACAUUGAGCCGACCCUCGAGGAAGGCCGUUAUCAAUUGGAAGUCAUAACCAGUCAGAAAGUAGAGUUCUGCUCGGUGGUUGUAGCCUCACAAUCAAAAGAGGAGACAACCAAGCCCUUUAGGACCAAGUGCUGGUCAACCAUUGGAAAUGAUGAGGUGGAUGUGGCUCAACAUCCGGUAGGCAUCAUCGCUCAAGUCACACAAGAUAAUAAACCCGUGAUGAAUGCCAAAGUUAUUGCAAAUAUUGAGAGAGCAGGCGAAGCUCAAGCCAUAAGCAUCACACUCUUCGAUGAUGGAAAGGGACCGGACCUCAUUGCCAAUGAUGGUUUAUACUCGCGGUACUUUGCUCGCUUUGACGAGGAUGGCCGCUACUUGAUUCGUUGUCAAGUUCAGGGCGAUGAGAACACCAACGUUAAUGGAGGGUUCACUAAUAGCCGGAUCUAUCCAGCCAAACCUGGAUUGGCGGCUCCAUUGUGCUGUGGAAGCAACACCUUGAUGCCUGGAACGCUCCAAGAGCCCACGGGCGAUUUUGAGAGAACCUCGGCAGGAGGGUCUAUUAAGGUCAAAAACGUGAACGGAUUGAAUCAGGUCCCUCCCAUGAGAGUCAAGGACUUCCAAGCAUCCUACGAUUUAGAGGCAGACACCAUCUCGAUUGGAUUCACGGCUCCUGGCGAGAAUUGGGACGAUGGCAAGGCCAAAAGCUAUUCCAUUCGAUUUUCCGAAUCCCUGUCUAACCUCACCUCUGCCUUUGACAAGUGUGACGAAAUUAAGACAGCCUGGGCGAUUGAAGGGGAUCUCGAGCCUCUUAAAGCACGGGAGCCCGUUCGUUUUGUUUUCAACUCGAGCACUUUGCUCAAGGACACUGCCUACUUCUUUGGCGUCAAAGCCACCAACGGACGAGACAUCCAGUCGGACCUAUCCAAUAUCGUUUCUUUGGCUUUGGCCCCCCGAACAGAUCUCUCGGAAGAUCCAUUCGAUCCAGUGGGUCUGUCGGGCGGAGCCAUCGCUGGCAUUGUGAUUGGAUCUCUCUUGGGAUUGUUUGUUAUUAUUUUCAUCGUGUAUGUAUUAGUAGUAAAGAAAUGGCGAAAGUCCCUUGUCUAUGCAGUAUCGGCAAAGAAAAUUACACAAGAAUAA